CCAUCUCAGACUUCCUCCUUCUCCUUCGACGCCACGUUACAUCCCACUGGUCCCUGGACUGGGGUGUCCAGCAGCGCCCCGACAACAUGGAGGCCUCCAAACCCUCCUGGUGGCUCUUGUGCCUUUCUGUCCUUCUGACUAUGGAUGGUCUCACUCCUGUCCAAGCCCAGAGUGAAUGCAACUGUUCUCCCGUGAGCCCCGGCGUGCUGGCUGGCAUUGUGUUGGGGGACCUAGUGCUGACCUUGCUCAUCGCCCUGGCCGUGUAUUCCCUGGGUCGCCUGGUCCCUCGGGGACGAGGGGCUGCAGACACAUCCCGCAAACAGCGCAUGGCUGAGACCGAGUCACCUUAUCAGGAGCUUCAAGGUCAGAGGCCAGAUGUCUACAGCGAUCUCAACACACAGAGGCAAUAUUACAAAUGAGCAUAAUCCCCACCCUGAUGCCUGGAUCCAGCCAUCCCCGACGCCCAUCCGCCCAGCAAAGCCUUCCUACACCUAUGGCUCCAUUGGGUGCCCAAAUAAACAAUGGAUC